UUGUGAAGUGUUCCACAACAAGACAUAGGCAGCCAUCAGCCUGGAGCGAUACUUCCACGGGCGGGCUAUCUGCCGUCGUUUGAAAGCGAGUCUCAUCACUAAUGCAGAGAGAGUCGCACGCGUGGUCGUCUCCCAUCGCCAAACGGAAGUAUCGCUUACCGUGAUACAAGUUCAUUGUGCUCUCAUGUAUAUAAGUAGUCCAUGGUGCUCUUCAACAAGAUGGCUUUGCUCAGACAAUUCAACUCUGCAUUCUUCGAGACUGUUCCAAACAUCUUGACGACACUCCAUCACGAAGACGCCCAGCAACAUCAAAUCCAAGCAAGCAACAUGCCCAAAGCAAGUCCAUCAGAUUCCCCAGACUUCAAGUCUCUCAUCUCAGAAAACUGCCACAUUCUGUACAAACGACCGGCAUCACACUUCAUCCUAGCGACAGUCCAUGACCCUGACGCUAAAACAUCAACCCCAUGGAUGUCAAUCAUCACCUUGAAAGCUUACGGGGGCUUUAAAUCACCCCUGUUAUCUGGCUACGGGCGUACGUUGAUCGAGUCGCUCCAGGACCUCCACUUUACCUCCAGCGAAGCCCUGGCCAAGCAUAUCAACCAAAAGGGUUGGGCGACUGUCGGGGAGGACGACGAGACGAGCGAGGAUGAUGAUGACGAGAUAGACGAUCUCGAAAGCGUCUCCUCUUUCAGCUCAGUGAGCACCGUCCACAAGGACGCCAAGGGCACCAAAGGCAAGCGAGAACCAUCUGGCACGAAGCACACAUGCCCUCUCUCGGUGCCACGUUCGAGCCCCGGGUUCCCCGUCUUCCGCAUGCCUGAACCCGCUCACGGCAGCUCUGAGAAACUCAACCGUCGCUUUCCCGUUGUGACAGGUCCGCCUGCCCCUGUCUGGAGCCCUCCCCAUGCUCCGCCGCCAGGGGGCGUUCCCAGCAACGCACCCGCCCCGUACCCUCGGGCCGUGGGCUGCCCAAAGCCCACCAAGAUUACGGUCAAGGACGGAACAAGGCUCAGCUAUUCAUUCGUGGAGAUGGUCCCCCAUCUGUGGGAGCAAGUGACGCAGGCCGCGAUGAGGGAGUUCUUCCUCAACAAGCGUGGCCAGAGCCCAGGCGGGGCAAUCGCAAAGGUGACCUGGGUGGUGGAAGGCGGCAUCAAGACGGGUCUCAAGUGCGUGCUGCAUGAUUUGAGUCCCGUUGUGCGCGGUGGACAGGGCAUGGUGGAAUUUGUCGUGGAGGUAAGUGAUAAAUGACUUCCACGUGGUC